AAAACAAGAACUUUCCACCGCCCUAACCAAAACCCAAUUCCAACUUGAGUUCCAUUCUCUCAGAAGCAUUUGAGUUUUGGUCUCUCUGCAAUAAACAACCGUCAGAGAAAUGGCGGCGGCGGCGACUCUGUCUUCGACGGUGUUUGCCAUCUCAACUUCCUGCUCUUCUUAUUCUUUUUCGUCUCUCAAAGCAAGAACGUCGUUAAAGGCUUCAGCUUUGUCUUCUUCGUCCUCGCUUUGCUCUCUCAAUCGUUUUCAUUGCAAACCCAUCUCAGCUCGUGCGUCAUUUUCCAGGGAAUUGUAUAGGGUACAAGCAACUACUCUCCAAGAUGAAGAAGAGAAAGUGGUGGUGGAGGAGUCCUUUGAGUUCAAGGCAACUACCUCACAUGAAGUGAAAGCCAGCAGUGUGGAGGGCUUUGAGAGUGAGCCUUCAAGUGAAUUUGAGAAAUGGGUUAUCAAGGGUGAACAAUCCAUCAACAUUUUCCUUACAGAUACAGUGAUUAAGAUACUUGAUACUCUUUACCACGACCGUGACUAUGCAAGGUUCUAUGUGCUGGAAACUAUCGCAAGGGUUCCUUACUUUGCCUUUAUGUCUGUUCUACACAUGUAUGAGAGCUUCGGCUGGUGGAGAAGAAGAGAUUAUUUGAAAGUGCAUUUUGCUGAGAGCUGGAAUGAGAUGCACCACUUGCUUAUCAUGGAAGAAUUGGGAGGAAAUGCUUGGUGGUUCGAUCGCUUUCUUGCUCAGCACAUUGCAGUCUUCUAUUACUUUAUGACAGCUUUUAUGUAUUUAAUAAGCCCACGAAUGGCAUAUCACUUCUCUGAAUGUGUAGAGGGCCAUGCGUUUUCAACGUACGACAAGUUUAUCAAGGCUGAAGAAGAGAAUCUGAAAAAAAUGCCUGCUCCUGACGUUGCUGUAAAAUACUACACUGGAGAUGACUUGUACUUGUUUGAUGAAUUUCAAACUUCCAGACCUCCCAAUUCUCGGAGGCCAAAAAUAGAGAAUUUGUAUGAUGUAUUUCUGAACAUAAGAGAUGAUGAAGCUGAGCACUGUAAGACGAUGAAAGCCUGCCAGACUCACGGGAACCUCUUGUCUCCGCAUACACUCGUAGAAGAUCCCUUGGAAGUUGAGGCUAUCUGUGUCGUUCCUGAAACAGAUUGUGAAGGUAUUGUAGAUUGUAUAACAAAAUCCGUUGCAACGAAACCAGCAAAAUGAACACUUACAGAAACACAACAACAGAAGAACAGGAAAUUAGCUAGAAGUUAUAAAUCAUAAUAGUAGAGUUUUGUAUACACAAAAGAAUAAUAUAGAUCCAACUGUUUACUUCACUGUUCAAUGAAGCUUGCUUUCUCUUC